UCUCUGGUAGGGCAAGGGUUAAUGGUAAAUUGCAACAUAUCUCUGGGCUGAGUCACCUCCCUCCGCCACUCCCCCCAAUUCCCCUCAGUUGAAGUUUUAUAAAGAGGACCAGAAGCUGGAGAGUGAAAAGAACUGGAGGUAAGAGUCCCCCAGCCUAGCCCUGCUCCCCCAGGUUCCCAGAAAUAUCAGGUCAGAGGGCACAGACAACCUCAAGAGCUCUUGUCUGGUGGGACCAUGAACUGGCAGCAGCUGUGGCUGGGCUUCCUACUCCCCAUGACAGUCUCAGGCCGUGCCCUGGGGCCUGCAGAGAAGGAGGCAGCUGUGGAUUAUCUGUUGCAAUAUGGGUACCUACAGAAGCCUCUAGAAGGACCUGAUGACUUCAGGUCAGAAGAUAUCACAGAAGCUCUGAGAGCUUUUCAGGAAGCAUCUGAGCUGCCAGUCUCAGGUCAGCUGGAUGAUGCCACAAGGACCCGCAUGAGGCAGCCUCGUUGUGGUCUGGAGGACCCCUUCAACCAGAAGACCCUUAAAUACCUGCUGCUGGGCCGCUGGAGAAAGAAACACUUAACCUUCCGCAUCUUGAACCUGCCCUCCACCCUCCCACUCCACUCAGCCCGGGCAGCCCUACUUCAAGCCUUCAAGUACUGGAGCAGUGUGGCUCCCCUAACCUUCCAGGAGGUGCAGGCUGGAAGGGCUGACAUCCGCCUCUCUUUCCAUGGCCGCCGAAGCCCGAACUGCUCCAAUGCCUUCGAUGGACCUGGGAGAGUCCUGGCCCAUGCUGACAUCCCAGAGCUGGGCAGUGUGCACUUUGAUGAAGAUGAGCUCUGGACUGAGGGGACCUACUGGGGAGUGAAUCUGCGCAUCAUUGCAGCCCAUGAACUGGGCCAUGCCCUGGGGCUUGGGCACUCCCGAUACACCCAGGCGCUCAUGGCCCCUGUCUAUGCUGGCUACCGGCCCUACUUCAAGCUGCAUCCAGAUGAUGUGGCAGGGAUCCAGGCUCUCUAUGGCAAGAAGAGCCCAGAGAUAAAAGAUGAGGAAGAAGAAAAGACAGAGCUACCCACUGUAUCCCCAGUGCCCACGGAACCCAGUCCCAUGCCAGACCCCUGCAGUGGUGAACUGGAUGCCGUGAUGCUGGGGCCCCGAGGGAAGACCUAUGCCUUCAAGGGGGACUAUGUGUGGACCAUGACAGAUUCAGGGCUGGGCCCCUUGUUCCGAGUGUCUGCCCUUUGGGAGGGGCUCCCAGGAAACCUGGAUGCUGCUGUCUACUCUCCUCGAACACAAUGGAUUCAUUUUUUUAAGGGAGACAAGGUGUGGCGCUACAUUAAUUUCAAGAUGUCUCCUGGCUUCCCCAAGAAGCUGAAUAGGGUAGAGCCCAACCUCGAUGCAGCUCUCUAUUGGCCUCUCAAUCAAAAGGUGUUCCUCUUUAAGGGCUCUGGGUACUGGCAGUGGGACGAGCUGGCCCGAACUGACUUCAGUCGCUACCCCAAACCAAUCAAGGGGUUGUUUACGGGAGUGCCAGACCAGCCCUCGGCUGCUAUGAGUUGGCGGGAUGACCAUGUCUACUUCUUCAAGGGUAAAGAGUACUGGCGCCUCAACCAGCAGCUUCGAGUAGAGAAAGGCUAUCCCAGAAAUAUUGCCCACAACUGGAUGCACUGUCGUCCCGCAGCCCCAGAUACUACCCCAUCAGAUAGCACUUCCAACUGUGCCUUUGACUGUCUGGAGGACAAUGGCGGAGGGAGGUGUCAAUCAAGCGUUUAGCUGAGAGGAGGCAAUACCUGGGGAAGUUGGAUACCUGGUCCUGUUCUUCCUAGAAAAAGUGCAAGAAAACAGCAUGGCCAGUAAAAUGAGCAAGGGCUUUGGAAUCCUGGAAAAAUCACACUUACUUGCUUAUGACUUUGGGCAAGCUAAUUAACUUUGUCGAACCCUGAAUUCCCUAUUUGUAAAAUAAGAUUAACACCAAUCCUGCAGGGUUGUUGCACUGAAUGAAAACUAUAUGUGAAGUGUCUGGAACACCUGUUUAAUAAAGGCUAACUCCAUGUUCAUAACA